GCUUUUCUGUUUCUGAAAGCCUUGUAGACCCUUGGUAGACACAAUGAGGAACAUUUCAUACUCUCAAAAAACGACAACGGUGAAUGAGUCCAGUAAAGGCAUUGGUGGCUCCGCUUAUUCCUCAAGCAAAGUCCAGGAAGGAUUUCAGGGCGAUGUGUCCAGCACAGAAUUUGAGGGGGAACUGUCUACCAAGAAAGCCCAAGUUCCUCGCCCCAAUGAGAAGGAAGAGCUCCAGCAGUUGAACACACGAUUUGCUGGUUACAUUGAAAAGGUCCGAUCACUUGAAGAAAAGAACAAGGCCUUGAAUGCAGAGCUUGUCACACUAACUGCUCUCUUGAAGAAGAGAGGACCUGGAAUAUCGGAGGAAUAUGAGAAGCAAUUCAAAGAGCUAAAAGAUCUGAUUGAGAGUUUAAACAAAGAGAAAGACACGGCAGAUAUCGAGAGGGGGAACUUAGAGGAAGAGAUCAACAUUUGGAAUGACAAGUGUGAGGUAGAACUAUCUCUCAAAGAAGAGGCAGAGAAAACGCUCAGAGAAUUCCGUCAGGAUGUGGACGAUGCCACCUUGCAGAAGCUGGAACUGGAAAAGAGAGUUGAGCAGCUGGUGGACGAACUUGAGUUCCUAAAGAAGCUUCACGAUGAAGAGGUUGCUGAUUUACUGAAGCAGAUUGAAGAUUCAAAGGUAAAUGUGGACCUUGAAAGCAGUCGCCCUGACCUGGCUGCAGCACUUCGGGCCUUACGUGGUCAAAUUGAACAGGCAUCCAAGAAAAUCUUUCAAGAUGCUGAAACGUGGUACAAGACCAAGUUAUGUUCACUGAAGGACCAUGUCUACAAGAAUGAAGAAAAGAUCCAUACCCUCAAAGAAGAUAUUAGUAGGUACACCAACCAGGUGUCUGACCUACAGUCCCAAAUUGAUGCUUUGAGAGCCCGUAAUGAAGCCCUUGAAAACCAGUUGGAGGACAUGAAAGCCAAACAUCUGGAAGAAAGUGAUGUCCUCCAUGAGACCCUGAAUAAACUAGAAUGGCGCCUGUUAGCGACACAGUCAGAUUUAGGAAGAUACCUUAAAGAUUAUCAAGAUCUGCUCAACAUCAAACUCAGGCUGGAUGCUGAAAUAGCCGUCUACCGGAAGCUGCUGGAAGCAGAAGAAGAGAGACUGGGGAUCAAUGGAGAAAACAAAGCCCGUGGUGAUAGCUCAGAGGACAAAACAAAAACUGAAACCCAGAAAUCAAAGUCUUGAGGGUCCGGUUCACGUAGCGUGCGAGUCUGAUGAUCACGACUUCGCAAUUUCUUCUUCAUCGCAUCCAUUAAAAGUCCUACAUAGCUGCUUCAUAAUAUGUUUAUUUACUCUCAAAUACUAACUGUGUUUCUAUCAUAUUAUCGUGCCAGGCAGCAAAGGAGGGCAGAUUUUCAUUUUCAGUCGAUUAUUCACUAAGCUGGAAAUUGCUGGGAACCAAAGAGGGAUCUGCUAGAUUAGGUGAAAUAGAUAAAUUGGAAAAAUGCUCCAACUUUUUACAUCUCAGCUAUUCUGGAUAAAAUGUGAAAUUCCAUUAGAAGUCUCCAGAUUAGUGAAUAAAUAACCCAGUUCGUGCUCUAUUUACAUCGAAAAGGAUUUAAUGCCCUCCUCAACUAAUGGAAACACAAGGUUUGAUCAGUUCUUCAGAAUGAAAAGCGAUUAUUUGCUAAAAAAAAUAAAUAAAUUAUUUUAUGCUAUACUAAUUUGACAUGUUAUGGUUUAGUUUGCUUGCCCAUCAAUACAUAUUACAUGAGAAUAAUGUUACAGAAAUGGGCAAUCCAAUGAAGAUCCCCCUCCCCCCCGGGUGCAUUUUAGGAGCCUUAACUAAACGGUCUCAAUGAUGCCAAUCCCUCAACUAGGCCUCAGGGGAAUCAAUAAUGCCUGGCACUCCAUGGUUAGGUCUGAAUGUAAUUAUAUUUUCAUUGUCCUGGUACAUUUGAAAUUAAUAAACACAUAUCAAAGUCUA